UUUUUUUUUUUUUAACUUUUUUACGUAGGAGCUACGGUUCAGAAUAUAUCAGUGGGAGCGCAUUGCCAGUUGAAAAGAGCUAGGGCGAUUUCGGCUGAGUGGAGAUUGAAGAGGCCAUUCGCAGCACACGUGGGAACCUGAUAAGUGUGUGUGAUAUCCCUGCCAUUCAUCAGGUGGAGCCUACGAGGAGUAUUCGAUGGCAGCUUUGGAGUUGAGGGACCUUUCCUUUGAGGUGUUCGAAUCCAUUGAAAUUGAAGGAAAGGCGAUUGAUCCUGCCCGUACAAAUGAUGGGUCCAUUGAUAGAAAAGGAAACCCAGCAAUCAGAGCAUGUUCUGGAGGAUGGAAAUCAGCUAUUUUAUUAUUGGUGAAUCAGGGAUUGGCAACACUAGCAUUUUUCGGUGUGGGUGUGAAUCUGGUAUUGUUCUUGACAAGGGUGCUGCAGCAAGAGAAUGCAGACGCAGCGAACACCGUCAGUAAGUGGACAGGGACCGUUUACAUGUUCUCCCUUGCCGGGGCCUUCCUCAGCGAUUCUUACUGGGGUCGAUACAUGACCUGUGCCAUCUUUCAACUCAUCUUCGUAGUGGGAUUAGUGCUCUUAUCACUAUCAUCAUGGCUCUUCUUGCUAAAGCCGGCUGGCUGCGGAGACGGAGAGUUAGAUUGCACGCCGGUAUCGACCAUCGGGAUCGCCAUCUUCUACCUAUCUAUUUACCUUAUUGCCUUUGGAAAUGGAGGAUACCAGCCGACCAUAGCGACGUUCGGCGCAGACCAGUUUGACGAGACGGACCCCACAGAAAGACGGUCCAAAACAGCAUUCUUCAGCUAUUUCUACCUGGCUCUCAACUUGGGUUCUCUCUUCUCCAACACCAUCUUGGUCUACUUCGAGGAUACCGGCAAGUGGUUGAUCGGAUUCUGGACGGCGGCAGGGUCCGCCUCACUGGCCCUUCUCCUCUUCCGACUAGGCACACCCGGGUACCGGCACUUCAGGCCGAGCGGCAACCCGUUGACACGUGUCGCUCAGGUAUUCGUAGCGGCCUCUAGGAAGUGGGACAGGAAGGUCCCGGACGGUGGAGAGAAGCUCUAUGAGCUGGAAGGAACAGAGUCUGCAAUUGCAGGGAGUAGGAAGAUGGUCCACAGCAAUGAGUUUCUGUACUUGGACAAGGCAGCAACGAUAACAAGGGAAGACUUAUGUGCCGAAAUCAUAAACACAGAUCCAUGGAGGUUAUGCACAGUGACUCAAGUAGAAGAGGUGAAACGUGUCCUGAAAAUGCUACCUAUAUGGUUAUGUACCAUCAUCUACUCUGUGGUCUUCACCCAAAUGGCCUCUCUUUUCGUUGAGCAAGGCGCCACCAUGGACACCAACAUGGCCCACUUCCACAUCCCACCUGCCAGCAUGUCUGCCUUCGACAUCCUCAGCGUCGCCGCAUUCAUCUUCUUCUACCGUCGCAUCAUUGUCCCAGUUGCUGCCCGGUUCUCAGGCAACCCCAAAGGGCUCACCGAGCUCCAACGAAUGGGCAUCGGCUUAGUGAUCUCCAUGUUGGCCAUGUUGGCCGCUGGGACUGUCGAGUUGGAGCGGCUUAAGAGGGUCGCCUCACCAUCCGAGCGGAGCUCCUUGAGCAUCUUAUGGCAAAUCCCCCAAUACGUGCUGAUCGGCGCAUCUGAGGUUUUUAUGUAUGUGGGCCAGUUGGAAUUCUUCAAUGGGCAGGCACCCGAUGGGAUCAAGAGCUUCGGGAGCUCGCUUUGCAUGGCGUCCAUCUCACUAGGCAAUUACGUCAGUUGCUUGAUCGUUAGCAUUGUUAUGAGCAUUACUACUAGGGAUAAUAGCCCAGGUUGGAUCCCGGAAAACCUUAACGUUGGUCACUUGGAUCGGUUCUACUUCUUGCUAGCGGGCCUUGCCGCAGUCGAUCUUGUGGUCUACAUUGCAUGUGCUAAGUGGUACAAGUAUGUUGAAUUCGAGAACGUGGGCGCCGAGAAAGAAAACGAUGUAGAUAUGGUUAGAAAGGUCUGAUUAGAGGAUUACAAAUGGAUAAUCUGUUGCAUGGAGUGUUUUAGGGAAUUAAGGCUGGGAGGGAUGGCUAUAUGUUUUACUAUGUAGAAGUAGAAGUUUUUAUUUUUACUGAAUUAAGUCAAGUAUCUGAAGUUAGGGCCAUUGGUAGGGUGGAUCGGCUGAAAAGAAUGCAUGUGGCUGAUUCCAUUUAAUUUGGGUAGGGCUGAGAGGACGAUGAUACUUAAUUAAGGGUAAGUAUUUUUUUUUUCCAAGUAUUUCUCAUCGGUUUGUAAGUCAAGGCUUUAUCAGGUUUGAAAUAAAGCGCACUCUC